CUGUGAGGAGAGGAGUCAAGGUCUCUGUGCGGGUCGUUCUGUCCUCUGGCAGAGCUUUGUCAGCUCUAAUAAUAGAGCGGGUCGGGUUCCCCACGAGGAGGGAGAGGAGGAGCAGCUGCCUGGUUCCCCUCUCAACUCCUCUGGAGGAGCUGGUUCUGUUUCACUCGGACCUGUUCGGCUCGGUGGGUCCAUGCAGCGUCACGGGACGGCCCGCGCUGCCCCAUCCUCCGCACCUCCUGUAGAGGAGAUCCGUGCAGAGGAGGAGGAGGUGGAGGAGGUGGAGGUGUCACAGGGGACAGGUAGGUCAGACAGGCGAAGGUUCUGUCCAGUUCGGCUGAGCUCUGGGUCUGACCUUUGGGCCCGUUUAGGAGGCGAUAGAGUGGAGGAGGUCCAUCUGCCAGAGGAGCCUGAGCUCCAGAACCACGAGGGAAAGACGGCUCCUCCGGAGCAGAAGAACGGGAAGAGGAGCGACGGAGGAGCUGCAGGAGGAGGUGCAAAGUUCUCCGUGUUCACCUGGGUGGUGGUUCUGGCCCUGCUGGGCGUGUGGAGCUCCAUGGCUGUGGUCUACUUCGACAUCGUGGACUACGACAACGUCAUCGCGAGGGCUCAGGAGUUCCGCUGGAACUUUUCUGAAGUUCUGCAAGGGAAACUAGCUGCCUACGACACGGACAACGACGGAGACUUUGAUGUGGAGGACGCCAAAGUUCUGCUCGGACUGAAAGGAGUGGAGCCAGUAAAGGAAGGAAGAUCACCUGAGCAGAAAACAGACACCAGAGAGCCAGAGGUGGAAACGUUUAACCAAAAAGCUGCGGAACCGGUCCAGCAGGUGACCCCUGAGAGAGCUUCAGAACCGGUCCAGGAGGAGGAAACAUCAGUCUCCGCCUCUCAGGACGUGGAGUCUGAAAUCCAAGCUGCCGUUCCUCUCCCUCCGUUUGUGGACAGCGCCUUCGUUCCAGACGAUCCCAGAGAAGAUGGACACCCUUACGAGGAGGAGACCAACACCAUCGACACCACAGGAGUUUUGGUGGAAGAAGCUCCUCCAGAGGAGACCAGAGCCGGAUCGGGGCGAUACGUGACCAGCUCCCAGGUCUCCCAGGAACCAGUGGAAGAAACGUCUAAAGCAGCUGCAGGAUCAGAACCAGAACGGCAGCCAGCAGAACCAGAACGGAGUGUUAGAGCUGCAGAGGACGGUCAGGAGGCUGAGGGAAGAGCAGAGAAACAGGCUGAGGAGAAGGAAAAAGCGAAGAAGAAGAAACCUAAACUGUUCAACAAGUUGGAUAAAAGCAUCAAGUCAGAAAUCGAUGCAGCUGAGAAGCUUCGUAAGAAGGGGAAGCUGGAAGAAGCCCUGAAGGCCUUCGACUCCCUGGUCCAGCGGUACCCGCAGAGCCCCCGCGCUCGCUACGGGAAAGCCCAGACAGAGGACGACCUGGCGGAGAAGCUGCGCAGCAACGACCUGCUGCAGAGAUCCAUCAACACGUACGGAGAGGCGGCCGACAUCCCCGACGUCACCUCAGACCUGCUGAGAGCGGCGCUGAAGAGGCGGGCCGAGAGGCAGCAGUUCCUGGGUCGGAUGAGAGGCUCGCUGGCGACGCUGCAGAAGCUCGUGGACUUUUUUCCAGACGACUUCGCCCUCAGGAACGACCUGGGCGUCGCCCACCUGUUGCUUGGCGACAACAAGGGAGCUAAGAAGGUUUACGAAGAGGUGCUGGCUGUCGCCCCUAGCAACGGGUUUGCCAAAGUCCACUAUGGCUUCAUCCUGAAGGCGGAGAACAAGAUAGCAGAAAGCAUCCCGUACCUGAGGGAAGGUCUGGAGUCCGGUGAGCCGGGAACAGAUGACGGACGCUUUUAUUUCCACCUGGGAGACGCGCUGCAGAGGGUCGGAGACGACAGCGCGUACUACUGGUACGAACUGGGCCACAAACGAGGCCACUUUGCCUCGGUGUGGCAGAGGUCUCUGUACAACGUGGAGGGACUGAAGGCUCAGCCCUGGUGGACGCCUCAGGAGACCGGAUACACGGACCUGGUGAAGAUGCUGGAGAGGAACUGGAGGACGAUCCGGGACGAAGCUCUGGCCGUGAUGGACCGAGGCAAAGGACGGUUCCUCCCCGAGGAGGAGAACCUGAGGGAGAAAGGAGAGUGGGGCCAGUACACGCUGUGGCAGCAAGGGAAACGGGUUGGAAACGCCUGUCAGGGCGUCCCGAAGACCUGCGCCCUGAUGGACAGGUUCCCCGAAGCUACCAGCUGCAAGAGAGGACAGAUCAAGUUCUCCGUCAUGCAGCCUGGAACCCACGUCUGGCCUCACACCGGACCCACCAACUGCAGGCUGAGGAUGCACCUGGGCCUGGUCAUCCCCACACCGGGCUGCCGGAUCCGCUGCACCAACCAGACCAGGGAGUGGGAGGAAGGCAAAGUCCUCAUCUUCGACGACUCCUUCGAGCAUGAGGUGUGGCAGGUGGCCGACAGCUACCGCCUGAUCUUCAUCGUGGACGUUUGGCACCCAGGGCUGACCCAGUACCAGCGGCAGACUCUGAGCCCCAUUUAGGACGGGCCGGAGCGGUUCUGUGGACGGACCGGACCGCCGGAGAAGGAGCGACGGACUCAGACGUCACACACAUGAAUGUUUGGACUCUUCUACUACUGACUGGACUUAAACGCACCAUCUGGGACGUCCUGAACCGCUUUAGGACCUGGUUCUGGUUCUGGUUCUGGUUCUCUUUCAUGAUGACGGUUCAGUUUUUGAAUCUAAAACCCAAAUCAGCUGUGAGUUAAUGAAUCACUACAUCCUCCUCCGUCCGGCUGAAUUAGAUCGCAGUCGCCUUCAUUUCAUCAGCCGGAUUUGGACCUUUGCACAUUUACUUUCUAAUAAAAGAUGAUUUAUAUUUAUAAAAAACAAUAAAACAUUUUUAAAAAAUGAG